UAUUUUCCACGAAAAACCAAUAUGGUGACCGUGAUACUAAUCAACUGUUGAAGACCAUCGAAACAAAAGAAAGAAAAUCCAAGCCAUUUUUUUUCCAUUAUCCCGCAACAAAUAUUAAACAAAUGUGGUAGUUGGGCGUGAAUAAUCAUGAAUUCAUCGAUAAUUGAGUAAUGGAAACAUAGAAGUGAUUGUCGGUCCAUUAAUUCAUUUAAACAAACACGAGGAGAAGGGGAAUCAUGUGCGAUGUGUGUGCUGACUUUCACGAUCUACUGCUCUGUUAUGAGGACAGAGCCUCGAAAGAUCAAGAUGACGCCCUCAGCCCUCUCGACAUCGACACGAUACUGGACUACGUCAAUCAAUGGGUUCAACGCCAGUGCAUGUGUUGCUAUCGAGAGCCAAACAACUUGGAUAGAUUCAUACGACUAACGCACGCAGUGAUUCUUUCCUCCCUGAAACAACUCACCUCAAUUCCUCACAAAAAGUCUCUGAGCCCCCAGCCACCAGUGGAGCCAUCAAAGACCGACGAGAAGACGGUGAGUACCAAUUCAAACUCCAGUACCUCCAUAAAAUCCUCGCAAUCAGAGGAGGCGAAGAAAAAUGACGUAAACCAGGCAAGCACAUCAUCAAUGGACGAUAAAACUCCUCAAGUUCUUCAACACGAUUCAAAAUGGACUCAACAGGAUCUGGAGAAGCUAUUCCACUUGGUCUCAAAGAUAUUUCUUCUCAACUUUCCCCUGUACAUUGCCAUGAAGCAUGGAGGAGCACUCAAUCCUCUGGCUCCUGUGAAGGACGAGGGUGGUUACUGUGAGCCGCAUGAUCCAGAAGUACCCUCGCCCCUCAUUCGUGCAGUCUCAAUUUUCUGUCACAGAGGUGGCUUCAACCUGAUGUCAUCGUGCUUUGACCUGGAGGAGCCUCUACCAGUGGGCCUUGCCCACUCAAUGGUGGCUGUUAUCUGUAAUCUGAAACUCUGGUUGAAUUAUGCCUCGGUAAUUCAGCUGUUUGUUCCCCUGAGAUCUCGAGUGAUGAAAUACAUGUGUCGUCUACAUGACAAGGAGCUUCGUACACCAGCUGUCAGGACAAUGGCUGAUUUCAUGUGGAGUGCGAUAAAAGAUCCCAUUGAAUCAGUUCUACCGACUUUUGAUCGUGAUGGACUUGAUCUAGCUUUCAAGUACUUCACUAGCACAACAUUGACAAUGAGACUGGCAGGAAUAGCACAGAUCAAUGCUCAUAUAACUACAUUCAAUGAAUUAUGUAAUUCUGAGACUGUUGCUGAAGUUGAGCAAGUUGGGCAUGCUCUUGCAGCAUGGCUCACUGAAAAUAGUAUAGUAUCACAUAUUUUUGGCCCUAAUCUACAUGUGGAGGUCAUUAAACAGAGUCACGUUGUGUUGAGCUUCUUGGCGAUGGAGGGAAGAAUAUCCUCUUCAGAUAUGGAUAUCAUCUGGCAGGCUGCACAGCUGAAACACUGCGCUCGCCAGGUCUAUGAUCUUCUUGCACCACUGGUUAAACAUCUAGCACCACCACCUGUUCUUCAUCUCUAUUCACUUCUUGGUAAGGUGGAGCCUAAGGAUCACACAGAGCAGAGUUUAUUUCUUGCCUCAGCAUUGAUUAAAUUCAUAUGGACAUCGGGAGUUUCUGGAUAUCCUGGUGGUCUCGUGGGUAUGGGAAUGUCGAUCAAGAAUCGAGAAGUUGCACUUCAGGGAGCUGAGGGCAUUGAGAGCAGCAGUACAGAUCCCAGUGGGAUGGAUGGAAGUUCUCCAGAGGAGGAGGACGAGGAGGAGCCAUCUCCAGCAGCUUCUGAAGGACCAUCUCCUAGGAAACAAGCGAGAGGAGGUGAUAGUAGUGAUUGUGAGGGAAACUGCAAAUCCAAAACAUCAAUGACCAAUCUCGAUGUGGAUGACAUUCAGGAGAAAAUAACAGAGGAACAAAAUCCAUCGAUUGAAAGUCCUGUGAGAUUUCCAACUGAGGAUGAGGGUAAUAAUCUCAAAAAUAAACAUCCUAGUGGAUCUGAUGCUGAAGCUGAUACUGAAAAAUCAGCGACUGAAGAGCCAGUGGUUCAUGAAAAGAAGAAGAGGAAAGUAUUGAGAAAACGUAAGACACCAAUUAAGAGAUUGACAACUGAGGAUAAACCUGUACUUAUUAACUCACUGGACGGCCCUAAGGAUAAAGUUCAAGAUACUCUGGACUGUGUGAAGCAACACCAGAGAUCAUUGCUAACUCCCAAUGAUCAACAAGUCCCCAGUUCAAGCGCUCUAUUGAGAAAUACCCCGAAAAAUCAGACCGACAAAUACAUGUCAAUGGUGUCUCAUCCAGAAUCAGUGGACAGUUCUCAUGAUGAUGAUGACAGUGAUAAUGUAACAGCAAGUAUAGUUGUUGGAACUGUUGAUGGAACUGGUGCUGUUAUAUCAGAACUCGCUGGACUUGUUCAUGCCACUGGUCAACAAUUUCUCCCCUCUGGACUCGAUGAAAUGCUCUCCGAUGAAGAGGGCUCCUACAGCAGCAGAAUCUCCAACAAAAGUGAAAAAAAUAUGGCGGAUUUUGAUGGUGAGGAGAGUGGAUGCGAAGAGGAGCUCGCUCAACUUGCAGCUAGACACUUGACUGCCAUUCAGAUGCAGGCUUAUCAUUCUCACAGCCAUCAGUCUCAUCAUCCACAUCAUCCCCACGCACAUCAUCAUCACUCACAACUGGGACAGAUAAGACGAUCGGUAUUCAGACCACCUCAGGUCAGAAGAAGAGCCAUAAGACAGCAGCAGAGAUCAAUGUCCUCGAGACACGCACAAUUUAACUUGGAAACUGUAUGUAAACCUGGAAAUACUCUUCUCUGGGAUCUCCUCCAGGAUGAUAAAAUAGGACAGCUUGCUGAGGGCCUUGCCCUCGAGGCAGAAAAGGCACUGUGCAAUUUAUUAUGCUUCAACGUUGAUCGUCUUAUUCCCAUGAAAUUCAUCGAAGGUUGUUUGGAAAAUUUAGCAGCGAAUCGAUCAGUAGUUGUAUCUCUACGGCUUCUUCCAAAACUACUAGCAAGUUUCCAACAAUUUGGUGCUAUGGACGCUCACACAAUUACCACAUGGGCAGACAGAGAACGAGGAAUGAUGAAACACUUCUUCAAUAAUCUCAAAGCAUACUCAAAUAAUUACGCCAAUAGCAUCAGCUCGAAUAGUUCAAACUUGUAUUCACAUCAGACUGAAGUCCAGGUUCGCCUUCAAUUUUUAUCAUCAAUAUUUUCACCGAUGGGAUCACCCGAUUGUUUUCGACUGAGUUUGGAACAAGUGGACAUACUUUGGCAGUGUCUCUCCCAGGAUACAACGUGUGCUGAUGAAUUGUUCAGCUGGUUACUGAGCCAGGCAAAGUCCACUGAGCAGCAUGCCCUCGGUAUGGACACCCUCAAGCACCUCUGUAUGAGAAAACUACCAUCACUACCCCCAGAGACAAUAAGCAUGACUGGAUUAAGCCUCUUCCAGCAGCUCUGCAAUUUAGCUAGACUAGCAGCAGCUCAUCUAGACAGACCUUUGAGGGACGUUGAUUCUAUAGGAAUGGAUUUCCUCUGGAGAAUCGCCCUUCGUGCUAAAUCAACAGAUGUCAGUAUGGCAGCGAUACAGUACCUCAAUGGAUACUAUAUGUCACGUCAAUUGACUCAAGAAGCUGAAUUUGUUUCACAAUGUAUGACACACUUAGCCGCAGCCAGUGGUGAUCUCGAGCACAACGAAGAGGCCAGUCUCAGGUGCAUUCAGCGAGCUCUUCUGCUCCUCCGAACUCAUUUGGAGGCCUUCAGGAAGAGAUAUGCAUACCAUUUGAGACGAUGGGCACUGGAGGGAAGGGGUGCAGGCUCUCAUCUGGCGAUGAAUUCCUCGGAGAAGGGCCACCAUCUCAAGAUCUCAGUUCAACCAGCUGGAAUUCCCGAUAAAACGAGUUUCUCACUACUCACCACUGAUUUCGUAGCUGAUUUAAGAGCCGAAGUGGCGAAAUGGUGGGAUGACACCCAGAAUUCCAAGUCCUCGAGCAGUACUUCAGGAAUUAAUCAAGAAGCUGGCUCUUCAGGGACAUCUAGUACUGGUAAUUCAGUACUGGGAACACUUCUCACUGAUGGACCAAUCAGAAUGAUAACGCAGGGACAAGAGUUGACGUUUGAUUAUGAUGAGAAAACACUUCAGGAGAUGGGAUUCAAGGAUGGACAAUUGGUUUUCAUAUCUCUUGGAGCUUCUGGAGGACGUGGAAAUGUGGGAAAUCGAGGAAAGAGGGACAUUGAUUCACCUUCAUUACUACCACCACCUCCAAGGGAAUGUUUACCCACUCUUUUACUUCUCAAACUACAGUAUUUUGAACAGUUGUUUACGUUGAUGAGGACCCUGAGUGCUAUGAAAUCAUCGGUAAAGGGAGGACAAAAAAUUCCACACACUAAGGCCCAGGUUUUAUCACGAAGAGUUUGGGAUACCCUGACAUUGUUACCAACGAGUCCAACUCUCCUUCGAGGCUUUCAGAAGCUGGAGGAGGCAUCACUACCCGAUUUACUGGAUCCAGCUAGUCCGCAAAAGCUCAUGUAUUCCCUCUACAUAAUUGAAUCGCUGAACAGAAGGAUCCCAACUCCUGCACCCUCCACCUCAAGCUCCAAAUCAGCAGAUGCUGAAGAGAACGAAGGGAUCGAUCAAAAGGAUGAGGACAUGUUUCCCUGGGCUACUCUAUUCGUCCAACGGGGUGGCCUCCGUCAUCUCUUCGAUAUCUUCAUGUCAGGAUGCCUCGAGAGGGGUGAUGGCAGUGAAUGGCAGCAGGAUUGUCUCGCCAGUUUAUUGAAACAAUUAUGCUAUCUUGGUGUCAUUCGUGAGCCGAAAAAACGUCAUAAAUCCCAGGAAAAACUCAUCGUUCCAAGACUCUCCGAGGCAAUGCUAUCGAUGAUGUCAGUGGAUUCAGUUAUGGCUAGGAUCACCAGUAUUUUAAAUGAGGCAUCACUCCCAAAGGAUCCAAAUCAUUACAAAACUGGGCUCUUUGGUAGAUCACAGGUGAUUCAUUAUACGAUGGCUCUACUCGUUUGUUGGGUACAUAGUGAUCCAAACAUGAGGCAAAAUCUCUUCUGCUCGACGUCUGAAUCAUUUGGCAGGCCCUGGCUUCGUAGGCUAGUUCUGGAUGAUCCAGAGCCCGCUGUCAGGAGGGAAAUUUGUACGGCAUUGUACAAACUGUGUCUAGGUACAACAUCAGUGUGUACAGUAUCUGAUGAUGAUAAGGAUGAGAGUACAACGGAGAAAGGUGAUAAAACAGGAUUGAUUGUUCCAAUGCUGAAUAUACUCCUGGAGCAUCUGCAUGUUGCUGAAGCAAUGCAUCCGUCCAACAGACGUCGUCCAGAUCUUCCUCUCCACCUUCACUCGGUCAUCCAUGAAGAUGGAAAGGAGCCUUAUGGACCUGCCUGCAGGGACUACUUUUGGCUAGUUUGCAGACUAGUUGAUGCCCUUCCUGAAGAGGCCAUCAGAUUCCCAGAAACACCAGACGAAUCCGAACAGUCAUCAGCUACUAUUGACCUCGAGGCUCUCGCCAGCAGAGUUAUAGAUUCUGUUUUACUUCGUGAACAUUUGGAGACUCGGCACAAUACCGUUGAGGAUGAUGCACUUGUGGGUCUUCUGAAUCUUACCUGUAAUAUUAUGACUCACAAUCCUCUGUGCAAACAAUCAAAGGCUGGGAAAAAUCUGUUGAACAGAGUCUUUGAUUUUCUGUUCGCAUUACCCAAUUCCAAGAUGAAACAUGUACCAAAAUGCAAGAGCCAGGUCUCACGAUCAGCAGCUUUUGAUUUGUUGGUGGAGCUAGUGAAAUUAGCACCUGAUAAUUACCAGAUUCUUCAUGAAAAAUUGCUAACACAACACAAACCAGGUCCCCACUCUCCUUAUCCUUGGGAUUACUGGCCUCAUGAGGAUGGCCGAGCUGAUUGUGGUUACGUGGGACUGACGAAUCUUGGGGCAACGUGCUACAUGGCUAGUUGCAUGCAACACCUCUAUAUGAUGCCGCAAGCAAGGGCUGCUAUCCUUCACGCUGAAUGUAAUCGAGCUAACAAACACCAGUUGACACUCCGUGAACUCCAGAGAAUGUUCGCUUAUCUCUUGGAGUCUGAACGAAAGGCCUACAAUCCCAGAUCGUUCUGCAGGGUCUACACGAUGAAUCACGAGCCCCUGAACACUGGGGAGCAGAAGGACAUGGCUGAGUUCUUCAUUGAUCUUGUUUCUAAACUCGAGGAAAUGACGUCUGAUCUGAAGGAUCUGGUGAAGACACUUUUCUGUGGUGUUAUCUCCAAUAAUGUAGUUUCACUGGAUUGUGAACAUGUCAGCAGGACUUUGGAGGAAUUUUACACCGUACGAUGUCAGGUUGCUGAUAUGAGAAAUCUUUAUGAGAGUCUUGAUGAAGUUACGGUGAAGGACACACUGGAGGGGGAUAAUAUGUACACUUGCUCUCAGUGUGGUAAGAAAGCGAGAGCUGAGAAGAGGGCUUGCUUCAAAAAACUUCCUCAUAUUCUCUGCUUCAACACCAUGAGAUAUACCUUCAAUAUGGGGACAAUGUUGAAGGAAAAAGUGAAUACUCACUUUAGUUUUCCUCUCAGAUUAGAUAUGUCUGGGUAUGUGGAGAAAAAACUAAUGUCCCAUCAUGAGAAACAAAAGUGUGAGACUGAAAAGACUGAGUGUGAGAACGAAGAGGAGGAGAUGAAGGAGGGCAAGAGGGAUGAUCAGGAGGAGGAUUAUCGUGUUGAGCAUUAUCAGUACGACUUAAUAGGUGUUACAGUCCACACUGGGACUGCUGAUGGGGGUCACUACUACAGCUUCAUCAAGGACAGAACAUCAGCGAAUAAGGACAAGUGGUUUUUCUUCAAUGACGCUGAGGUAAAGCCCUUUGAUCCAAGUCAAUUGGCAGCUGAAUGUUUUGGGGGAGAAAUGACUAGUAAAACUUAUGAUUCAGUCACUGAUAAAUUCAUGGACUUCAGUUUUGAAAAGACAAAUUCAGCGUACAUGCUGUUUUAUGAAUGGUGUGCUGAUCCUAAUGAUCAGGGACACAAUCGAGAGGAGGAAGCAACUGGAUCUAGUCCAGGAAAUGUCAGUAUGUCUCAGUCAUGCCACGAUGAUGUUAAGGUAUUAGGGGAUAAACUUCCCACACUGGAGCUGAAUAAAGAACUUGAGGAUUGGAUUUGGCAGGAUAAUAUGCACUUCCUCCAGGACAAAAAUAUCUUCGAGCACACAUACUUCAGUUUUAUGUGGCAGAUAUGUGGAUACAUACCCCAAACCCUAUUGUCAAUUCAACCAGAUGUUACGGAGAUGUCAGCAGAAUUGUCAACAUCGUUCUUCAUGGAGACGUUUAUUCAUGCUAAAGAGAAACCGACGAUGGUGCAGUGGGUUGAGUUACUUACAAAACAGUUCAAUGGAUCCAAUGGUGCUUGUGCAAGAUUUUUGGAGAGAAUGGCCACUGAUUCCUGGUGGCCAAUUCAGAUACUAGUCAAGUGUCCCAACCAAAUGGUGAGGCAAAUGUUUCAACGUUUGUGCAUUCAUGUGAUUCAGAGACUUAGAACAACUCAGGCACCUCUCUAUUUACUGACAUCCAAUGAAAGUGAAACUGAUCCUGAUGGAUCAGUUGUUAAUACUGUUGGAACUCAAUCAUGUGUCACGAGAUUUGUCAGAAUGUUAUUGUCCCUGAUGGAGCACGCCAAGCAACACUUGAAACACCUGACCGAGUACUUUAGUUUUUUGUACGAAUUUAGUAAAAUGGGAGAGGAGGAGACUCUGUUCUUGAUCAGAGUCCAGGCCAUCUCCACAAUGAUAAACUUCUAUCUCGGCCAUAAAACCCACGAGAUGGUGGAUACUGUCAGUGAAGAGGAGGAGGAGGAGGAAGAGGAAGAGGUAGUUGUUGCUGUACCUGCUGAAAAACUCAGACCAGCGUCACUGGACAAGAUGAUAACGCUGAUUGCCAGCCUCGUCGAGAGAAGCAGAGGAGCUAAUCAUCAAUUAACUCUGUCACCAGCUGAUCUGAGUGCAGUUGCCAGUGGAAAAGGGUUUCCCUUCUUGUAUCAACAGACCAGGGAUGUUAUCAAUCUCACUCAGACGAAAAAUUUGAUCCUAUCGUUGUGCAGAUGGAACGACAGACUGGCAAUUCACAUUGUCACGAUGAUCUUUCAAGCCAUUACAAAGCACACAGACGUUUGUCAGCCUUUCUUCAAGCUCUUGACACUUUUGACGGAGGGAUCUGGACCAUCAGUCAAUACUGGACUACCCUGCAUGACACAGCUGAUCCUGGGAAGGGUCUGGGAGGCCGCUAGGGUUGCACCUCAUGGAGCCCUUGAGUGGCUUGCACUCGCGGUGACACGAAGUAAAUUGGCCCAUGCUUGGGUUCUUCAGGGAUUGGACACUUGGCUUCAACAUUUUCUUAUUGAACAUUCGAAUCAAAGGGUGAGGUCUGCUGCUGCUUUCUUACUUGUGUCACUGGUGCCAUCCAGCCACUUCAGACAGGGCUACAGAUCUGCUCAUAGACUUGGUCUUGGAUGCAAUUCCAAUCGGGAAUUUCAACUCUCACCUGAGGCCACUCUGAUACUUCAUCAGAUUUAUACUGCUCUCUUGAGGCUUCUUCAACCUGCCAGGCAUUAUAUUGACAUACAGAGUCAUGGUACCAUGAAACUCACUGCUUACUUUGCACUCAUGACUUACUGUGUCAUUUCGAAAACGGAGAAAAUUAUGUUUGGACAGUAUUUGAAUGAUCUCUGGAGUCUCUUUCAUCCAAAACUCUCGGAGCCCAGUAUUCCAGUACAUCAUAAUAAACAGGCAGUUCUUCUGUUUUGGUACCACGUGUGUUCUGAUUGCCCAGAGAAUGUCGCUAUGAUACUUCAUAAUCCACAUGUCACCAAGAACAUUGCAUUUAAUUACAUUCUAGCUGAUCACGAGGACCAGGACGUUGUCCUCUUCAAUCGAGUAAUGCUGCCAGCGUAUUAUGGUCUCUUACGUCUGUGUUGUCAACAAUCCCGGACAUUCACUCGUCAGUUGGCAGCUCACCAAAAUAUUCAGUGGGCUUUCAAAAACAUCACCCCUCACCCCACCCAGUAUUCAACAGCUGUCGACGAACUUUUCAAAUUGAUGCAGCUGCUGGUGGCACGUCAUUCCGAUCAAACUGAGCAGGAAGAAUCAGAGAUAGCGUCCUUCAGACGUGGUACCCUCUCCUCCUAUCUCCAGGGUCUCGACGGCAGAUCCUGCUGGGCAACUUUAAUCUCAGCCUUCAGAAUUCUAAUCGAAUCAGAUGACGAUCGUCUCUACGUCGUGUACAAUGGUGGCCUGAGUAUGGCGCUGGAAGCCUUUCACAUGCUUCACAUAAUGUAUCACGAAGCAACGGCCUGUCACGUAGCUGGUGAUCUUGCUGAACUCAUUGCAAUAAUCGUGGAAUUAGUGAGAUGUGUUCGAUGUGUGAGAACAUCGCGAGAUAAUCCAGAUCCCCGGAGUACUCUCGCCAAUUGCAAGGAAUGGCCAGAGGUCCUGAGAAAGUUAGCAACAUUAUUGAACACAUACAAUCCUCCAGAGCUUCGUAAUCUAGCCAUUGAUCUCUUGAAGGAGCUUGUGAUGCUGGUACCAGGUGAGGCAAUCCUAAUUCUAGCACCCCUCCUCUCCCACUGUCACGCAGCUCUCCAGGAGUCUCACGCCGCUGUGCCACCAGGACCCUAUCUACCAAGAAGAUCAACAUCCACAGCUGUUGGUAAAAUGUCUGCUAGGCCAGCGAGACCAAUGGUACAAAUGGCUGUACCACAUUCACAAUUGGAGGCUGCCAAGGGAGUUGAUCCAGAAUAUGAUUCAGCACUCCUUGAAUUUUAUCUUCCAUAUCACGAGUUAAUAGACGUAAUGUGCAGAUUGGCCAUCAACAACGAUUGCAUGACUGAUACACUCAUAAAUUUGAGUGCAAUGCUGGGCUUUGAAGGUGUUCCACUUCACCUUGCUCUCUUUCCAAGGCUCUGGCUUGAUGUUCAUGCUGCUAGCCACAUCGAUCGAAAACACAUUGCUGCACUUCUCUGUUCAUCAUACACCGUCGAUUACGUAGAUGCUGUCCUCCUCGACGAGAGAUCAUCUCUGUCUGUUCCUGCUAUUCACGCAUUCCUGAAGACAUUCUUUCCGAAAUUGGCUAGCCAUGUGCUGACAGAGCAGACGUGCUCACUGAUCGAUAAUGUCGUCUCAUCACUGAGUGGAAUGGUGGAGGCUGUUGAUGUGAAAACAUCAGCCCCCAGGCUCACUGGUGAUCUUCGAGCACUGGCUUUGGUUUACAGCAGUGGUAGCCGAUUAGAACCACCUGCCUCCCUACAACCAGCUCUGGAUACACUUCUGGCUCGUGUCAGAGGUGUUAAAGUCAAGGAGAAUAGCCCCGAGAGUGAGGCCCCAGCGAAAAAACGAAAAUUUGGCGAUGACAAGAGGGAGGAGAGGGAUACAACAGAGGGUGAAACUACCACUGCAACUGUGAUGGAUCCUGCUGGGGAUAAUGUUGAUCCUAGUAUGGAUGUUGAGGAAAAAGACAAGAGUGAGAAGGAAAAAUGUGACAAGAAUGUUAGUAGAGAUGUUGGCGAAAGAUCUGGAGAGAAGACAUUGAACAGUGUUAAUGUUACUGGUAGUGCUAGUUCUGGCAUUGGAUCAAGUAUUUCUGGGUCCACUACUAGCGAGGCAUGUAAUAAUCAACUCAUGUGUUCACUUAACAGUUCAUCAUGGGUUGAUAUGCUGGAAAAGACUAUUGUUAAUCUCCAAGUGAUUGUGACAAUGCAAAGCAAAAACAAUUAAUUUGGAAAUGAUGAUAAUAACGAGGUUGUUGGCGUUAACAUGAUUUGGUGAGGUUGUCGGUUGGGGAGGGUGGGAUGAGGGAUGGAGAAAUAGUGAUGAUUGUGGGUUGAUUAUAAAUUAUUAUGAUUAAUAAAGAAAAAGGCUGUAAGCGUAUUUUUUUCCUCGCUGGAUGAAGGCACUUGUCCUCACCAAUUGUAACACUUGGGACUGACUUUUUUUGUGUAUAGCUUAAUAAUAAAUGCGAUAUUUGCCAGGCGUACUAUGUGAAAUAAUGACGUGAGGUAUCCACAGUUCAUUUUUCUCUAGUUUAUCAUAUAAAUGAUAUAAACAUAGUAAAGAAAAAAAAGUUCUUUCCUUUCUCUGUUCUCAAACGAAAUAAAUAUAGAUUUUAUUAAUUUAUUUUUAA